CCUUGGCUGGCUCCCCUGCCACGGAGCCCAUUGACAAUCUGGACACAGACCUGGCACGCUGGGCAGCCGAGGGAGACAGCUCCCGGCAGGGCAGGACGGCACCCAGACACCCCAACGGGGACACCCGUGGCCCCAGAGAUUCCCCACGCUGCCCGAGACCCCACAAACUGUGGGGCUGCACGCUGAGCAUCACCCUGGCUUGCUGAUCCUUGCACCCACGGGGUGCCUCGGGCACUGUGCCACCUACACCGUGCCCUGCCACCGCUGGGGCAGGCGGAUGGGUGUUGGGGACACCCAUGUGGGGUGCAAAUGCCCCAGCCCCAGGGCCCCCCCACCACAAAACCGCCUGGCUGGGACAGCAGAGGCUGGUGGGGGCCUGUUGCUGGCCCACGGGCAAGGCUCCCGCUUGGCAGCAGCCCAGGCCCAGCUGGACGAGGGUGCUGGCGGGGGCCCAGCGCCGCAGGGGCUCCCCCCUCUCAGCUGUUGCUGUCUGUGACGCUCCCCAUGACAGUCCCAUUCGGCUCAGCCUUGCCGCCGGCACCCAGUGCUCGCAGCGCCUGUGGUCCCCGCACAUGGACCUCUGCCACGUCCCUGCUGCCCAGGAGAAGGGCUGGUACCUGGCGCUGAUGGCCCCCAAUGUCAAGGGACCCAACUACGCCUGGCUGGACCCCUCCCGGCUCUACUGCCACCCACAAGGCUUGCAGGACUGCGUGGCCGACUUGCUGCAGCCCUUCCAGGGAGACCCCAUCGACCUGGUGGCCGGCAUCGAUGCCAUGGGCUUCAUCCUGGGCGCUGCCGCCGCUGCUGUGCUGCGGAAAGGCUUCCUGGCCAUCCGCAAAGCCGGGCACCUCUGCGUGCAGACACUGACACAGCCCUACACCGACUACUCGGGCCGAGAGAAGGUGAUGGAGGUCCGCACUGAUGCCAUCUCGCCGGGUCUGCGCAUCCUCCUCGUGGACCAGUGGGUUGAAACUGGGGGCACCAUGCGAGCGGCCAUCCAGCUGGUAGAGCGGCUGGGAGGGGUCGUGGCAGGUGUUGCUGCCAUCUGCAUCGAGGACAGUGAGGGCGGGCGGUGGAUCCAGGAGCGCUACAAGUGCUCCCACUGCGUUCCCCCCAAACUGCAGCCCCGCUUCGACCGCCACCAGUUCGGCUGGGACUGA